ACGGAUUCCUAGACCGAUGAAUAUGUCAGUCACCAAGAUGUCGACGCACAGGGAAAAUACAUAUCCUCAAUCGACGUCGCCAGCGACAAAAGUCAACCGGCCAGCACCAGCGAAACCGAAAAACAGUACACAUCAACUCAAAGAUUCUUCCGAUCAGUGCAGAGAUACAUCUGGGACGAUCCAGACAAGCCGAAACAUGAGAAGAAAUUCUUAUUCAAGCUCGACUUCUUCCUUCUCACCUACGCAUGUCUCGGCUACUUCUGCAAGAAUCUUGAUCAGCAAAACAUCAGCAACGCUUACGUCUCCGGCAUGAAGGAGGCAUUGAACAUGAAUGGUAAUGAGCUCACAUAUAUGAGUAACGUCUUUACUGCUGGUUACGUCAUCAGCCAACUUCCAGCUGUCAUCCUCGUUACCAAAUUAAGGCCAUCUCAUGUCAUCCCGACCUUGGAGUGUCUUUGGGCCGUCUUUACCUUCUGCUCUGCAGCCGUCACAUCAGUGCCUCAGCUGUAUGGCUUGAGAUUCUUGAUUGGCUUUUGCGAAGGUGCAUUCUUCCCUUGCAUCAUAUAUUUGAUUGGCAGUUGGUACACGAAGCACGAAAGAGCCAAGCGCACCACCCUCUUCUACUGCACUGCUUCUCUUGCACAUAUGUUCUCUGGUUACCUCCAAGCAGCUGCAUACGACAAUCUUGACGGCAAGCUCGGGCAUGCUGGAUGGCAAUGGCUGUUCAUCAUCUGCGGAAUCAUCAGUUUGCCAGUCGGUGUCAUCGGGUAUUUCUUCAACCCAGACUUUCCCGAGAACACAAGAGCUUUCUACUUGACCAAGGAAGAAGCAGCCUAUGCACGAGAGCGACUCGUCCUGGAUGGCUACACACCACUCGGAUCCUCUUCUUCCAAGUGGGACAAGAAGAAGAUUUUCCGUAUCGCGACGACGUGGCAGUUCUGGGUAUUGUCUUUCGGAUACUUCUUCGUGCAGUCCAGUCACCCGUCUCAACAGCCAUUCUACUCACUCUGGCUCAAGUCUGAGGGUCAUAGUGUGUACCAGAUCAACGUGUGGCCAACAGGUCAAUCCGCAGUCGGUGCUGUCACGCAGAUCGUUGCAGGUAUGCUGUCAGACUCACCUCUGCUUGGAGGUAAGAGAUGGCAGACGAUCGCCGUGCUGCAAGGAGCCUCCUUCCUUGGUACACUGGUCCUAGCCAUCUGGAAUGUGCCGGUCGGACUAAAGUACUUCGCUAUGUACAUCAGUUUCUGCUCGGCGGGUGUGCCAGGCUUGUUCUAUUCCUGGUUCCCAGACCUCAUGCCGCACGACCACGAGAUGCGCGGCUUUUUGACAGCCUUUUCAAACAUGUUUUCAUACGUCAACCAGAUCUGGUUUCAGGACGCCGUGUGGAGGACAGAAGAAGCUCCGGAGUUCCGACCUGGCUUCAUCGCUGCAGCUUCAUUUAGCAUCGCGCUGAUACUGACGGCGUUCCUGAUGCGAGUGCUGGAGAAGCGCGACGCGAAGAAGGACAAUCGACCAAGCUAUGAGCAAGAAGCCGAGGGUCGGGAAAGGAUGGAGGAUGGCGUUAUCCGAGAGGUCCAGGCUGAUCUCGUUCAUGUGGGAUAAAAUAUGUAUACAACCCGAAUGCGUAUCGACAGUGUCAUCUCCAAGCUC